AAGACUAGUGGUUUGAUGAGCUGUACAUAAGGCAGUCUUGCUUCCACCACUGAACAACUCGCCAACCCACUAACCUUUCUAUCAUCUAGAGUCCAGUUAACAUUACCAUGCAGACAUACACCCCCCCUGGUAGCCCCGCUCGCCCUUUGGCUGCUGGUAUUGCUCACUGGACUACCGCAAACACUAUACCCGCUGGCCCUCAGAACGCCCCUCCAUCCCCUCCCAGGACACGCCCUGUCAAGAAGAGUAGGUUUACUAAAGUCCGCAACUUCUUGCGUCGUGACUCAACUCCUAGUGCUCCCAUGCCAACUUCAGCUAUCCGCCACCAGAUUACCGAGCACCCCAAUAUCACACCCAGAAGGCCCACACCUCUAAGGCCCACGGUCAGACGUCCCCAGACUGCUGCUCACACUGACAGCCACACAACCUCAACAACGUCCAACCAGCCUUUCAAGAUUUCUAGAAAGCCUCUGCCUCCUGGUGCUCUCAGUCGUUCACAGUGGGUGGCUCUUGCCAACUCUGCCUCAACUCAGGCCCCUAGCCAGCCUCACAUGGCCCCAAUGUCCUCUGCUCCUGUCUCUCCAAUCUCGACCUCUGCAAUGGGUGCUCAGUAUGACAGUAGACCUGUCAGCCCUAUGUUCCCUACCAGCCCGGCUUCUAGUACUGCUUCAGAGCCCGACUUCAACCAGGCCAGAAUUAACCGUAUGAGCACCUACUCGUAUCUGGAAGGCCAGAAUAUUGACUUGUCUUCUUAUGCUUUUAGUCCUUGUGCUGACAAGUUUGCCAUUAGUAGAAGCGCUUCUCCAGUCGCCCUAACCAGAGCCUCCUCUUCAGCCGUCAACACUUCUGCUAGAGGUCCAUAUGUGCUUCGAACUGCUACCCCUGUCGCCUUCCAGAAAGCUAGAGCUGUCAAUGUUCCUGGUCCUGUGAGAAACCCCUCCGCUGCCUCGUCUCCCCGUUCUCGUUUGCGUUUAGCACUGACUUCUGAGAUUACUCCUAGAUCCGUUUAUCCAGGUGUUCUACGUGAAACCAGACACCAGCCUACGAUCGUCCAGCCCUCCAGAGUCCAGUCUGCCUCUGCUUCCCUGUAUUUCGGCAUCACCCCUGAGACCUUCUUACUCAGUGACAGUAGUAGCAGUGGCUCUGAUACAGCCUCACUGCACUAUGUCAUUGGUUGUAAAAGCUCCAGUAGUGGCCCCUCAACUGACUCUGACAGCUCCUCUGACAACGGCUCCAUCGGUUCUCAUGCAAAGAUCCUGAAAAAAGCCUUGACUAAGUCCCUUGACAAAAACUCACUUAUCAAGAGACCGUUCGUCAAGAAGUAAGACAGGUAAGCCCCCUUCCCUACCUCCCCUAUUUUCACCCCCAUCCCUCUCCUGAGGCCAUUCCCCUCCCACUCUCACCAUCCUCAUCCUCCCUUUUGCUUUUGUUCAGCUUUGAUGUUCAGUACUCGCAUUUGUUUUGAUAGCAAGAUACGGUUACCGGAGUUAUGGACACAAGAAGAUAGAAGAGUUGGUCAACUCGAUAAUAAAAUUGUAAAGGUUCAAAAAACAAACAAAAUGUGCCCCUAAUUGCAUUGUGAAAUAUGACCCC